AGGAAUCGGCGGUUCUUCCAAUUAUGACAAGUCAAAUCCUUGUAUUAAAAGAUAAAACACGCUUGGUCACAUUAAAUUCCAAAGGUUUGAAAGUUGAAAAAUGAAAAACUUGAGGAAUAAUUAGGGGCUGGAUUUCAGCCACGCUUUUCAGUUUUCAGUUUUCACAUUACUCUACGGCUCGGAUGAGAUGUCCCUCCUCCCCUUGUCAGUCAGUCUGAGACCUCAUUCCUUUCUCCGAUUCCACGUCCAAUUUGUACUACUCCGUUUCCUAUUCCUUUCUGCGAUUUCACGCCACUCUCUCUUCCGAUUUAUAUAUGAACAAUCUUGUAAGCUAAACUAGCGUUUUCUGCACCAAUUGCCACGCGUAUUUUUCAUAUCAAAUGGAUUACGUGUCCAAGGACCAACGUUAAUGCAAUAUGAGGAGCAGGUGGCCAAGACCUCAAGACUAGUCCAAUUGAAGAUUCCAGAAACGACAUCUUGAUACAUCCGGUCGUUUCGAGAAAUACAAGAGCUUCUUCUUGUAUCACUCCGUUCAAUUUCGGGAGUCUUUUUUGGACUUGAGUUUGCAAACGGAGGAUGGGAUGGGGAAACAUUUACAGGAGGCGUCUGAGAGUAUUUGCAGUGGCUGUAAUGAUCUAUCUGGAUUAUAAGGCUGUACAACAAAGAGAUAAAUGGACCCUCAAAUCCAAAAGAUUUGCUUUGUGGGAAAGGGCUCAUGAGCGUAAUGGUAGGCGAAUUCUCAACUUGAUUAUAGAGUUGGAAGGUUUGUGGGUAAAACUUGGACAGUACUUAUCCACUCGUGCUGAUGUGCUUCCUCAUGCAUAUAUAUCACUUCUCAAGCAAUUACAGGACUCUCUUCCUCCUCGUUCCCUGCAAGAGGUUUGUCAGACUAUUGAGAAAGAAUUGGGGAAGUCCAUGGAUGAUCUUUUCUCAUAUUUUGACAAAACGCCUUUGGCAACAGCAUCUAUUGCACAAGUCCAUCGUGCCACUCUUAUUAGUGGGCGGGAAGUUGUUGUCAAAGUUCAACAUGAGGGCAUUAAGACAAUAAUUCUGGAGGACUUAAAGAAUGCAAAGUCAAUCAUUGACUGGAUAGCAUGGGCAGAACCGCAAUAUGACUUUAAUCCCAUGAUAGAUGAAUGGUGCAAAGAAGCUCCGAAAGAACUUGACUUCAAUACUGAAGCCGAGAAUACUAGAACUGUGGCUAGUAAUCUUGGCUGUAGAAAGAGAAAUGAUGAUAGCAAGACUGCGAAGCAAGUGAAUGUUUUGAUUCCAGAGGUUAUUCAGUCAAGUGAAAAAGUCCUAAUUUUAGAGUACAUGGAUGGAAUUCGUUUGAAUGACCAAGAAUCUCUUGAAGCCCAUGGGAUCGACAAACGAACAGUUGUUGAAGAAAUAACACGCGCCUAUGCCCAUCAAAUAUAUGUUGAUGGAUUUUUUAAUGGCGAUCCACAUCCUGGAAAUUUCCUGGUGAGCAAGGAACCCCCCUAUCGUCCAAUUUUGCUCGACUUUGGGCUUACAAAGAAAAUAUCAACUCCUAUGAAACAAGCACUAGCCAAAAUGUUUCUUGCAUCUGCUGAGGGGGACCACGUGGCCCUUUUGUCUGCCUUUGCAGAAAUGGGGCUCAAACUGCGCUUGGACAUCCCGGAUCAGGCUAUGGAAGUGACAAAUAUAUUCUUUCGUAAUUCAACUCCGGCAAAAGAAGCCUAUGAAAAUGUGAAAACUUUGGCCGAGCAAAGAACAAAAAGCAUGAAGAAGAUACAGGAAAAGAUGAAGCUGAAACAAAAAGAAGUUAAACGCUUUAAUCCAGUUGAUGCAAUUCCUGGAGAUAUUGUAAUAUUUUCUCGGGUCCUCAAUCUUCUGAGAGGGCUUUCUUCCACAAUGAAUGUUCGCAUAGUAUAUCAAGAGAUCAUGAGACCAUUUGCGGAAUCUGCUUUACAAGGUAACAUCAAUAAAGGAUCGGCAGCAAAUGAACAAUGGAUGUAUGAUACACCAGCUCAUUCUGAUGUGGAGAUAAAGUUGAGGCGGCUGUUAUUUGAGCUGGGAAAAGAAGACAAGAUACUUGGAGUCCAGGUAUGUGCCUACAAAGAUGGAGAGGUUAUUAUUGAUACUGCUGCGGGAGUACUUGGUAGAUAUGAUCCUCGACCAGUUCAACCUGAUAGCCUUUUUCCAGUUUUUUCUGCAACAAAAGGAAUCACAGCAGGAAUGUUACAUUGGCUUGUUGACAAUGGAAAACUCAAGCUCAAUGAAAACGUUGCUACUGUUUGGCCAGAAUUUGGAAGGAAUGGAAAAGAUUGCAUAAAGGUUAAUCAUGUCCUUAACCAUACAGCUGGUUUGCACAAUGCCUUGGCCAAUUUGAGAGAAAAUCCUUUGAUGAUGUGUGACUGGGAUGAAUGCAUGAAUCAGAUAUGUAUGGCAGCACCAGAAACAGAGCCAGGCGUGGAGCAAUUGUAUCACUAUUUGACUUUUGGUUGGCUAUGUGGUGGAAUAAUUGAGCAUGCAUCUGGUAAGAAAUUUCAGGAGAUUCUUGAAGAAGUAAUCGUUCGGCCCCUGAAAAUUCAAGGCGAGCUAUACGUUGGAAUUCCUCCAGGUGUGGAAUCUCGAGUUGCAGCGCUGACAGUAGAUUUAAAUGAUCUCAAAAAUCUUGUAGAGAUGAACAAUCGUUCUGACUUGCCGUCCACUUUUCAGCCAAGCAACAUCGCCCAACUAGUGACUGCAUUGCCUGCUUUGUUUAAUAUGCUGAAUGUUCGCCGUGCAGUCAUACCUUCUGCUAAUGGACACUGCUCAGCUCGUGCUCUUGCACGCUACUAUGCAGCUCUUGUUGAUGAAGGCAAAAUUCCGCCAGCACAUUCCUCUCUCUCUAAUCCACCCCUUGGUAGCCACCUACACAUUCCCAAGUUUCCUUCAGCAAAGACCUCUAAAAAUCGUAAAGGUAAGAGUAAAGAGGCAGAUACUUCUUCAAAGAACAAAACUAGUGAUCAUGGGCAUGGCCACUCAAGAAAUUAUAGCAGUGAUCAUUCUAGAAAAAACAGUAGCGAUGGGUACACUAGGCUUGCUAGCAGUAACGGUAGUGCAACUGAUAGCUGUGCUACUGGUGAUAGUUCUCAAAAAGAUAAUGUUAAUGUUGCUAGGAUUUUCACUAACCCUAGGAUUCAUGAUGCAUUCUUGGGUAUGGGCGAGUAUGAGAAUUUGGCCAUCCCAAAAGGAAAAUUUGGACUAGGAUUUAGGAGGACCAUUUCAAAGGAUGGAUCUCUUACUGGCUUUGGGCACUCGGGUAUGGGGGGAUCCACCGGUUUUUGUGACAUCAAAAACAGGUUUGCCAUUGCAGUGACGCUGAACAAAAUGUCAUUUGGGGGUGUUACAAGAAAAAUCAUUGAGCUUGUUUGCUCAGAGCUAAAUAUCCCAUUGCCAGAGGAUUUCUCAAGUUCUGGUGAUAGAGGGCCUGAUUUACAGUUCAAUAUGGGGAGACCAAUGAUUAACUAA